GCACCUCCCGCUCGUGUUGCCCCGCCUCCGCGCGCUCCAAUUGCGCCAUUACGUCGCCGCUCGCCGCUGUUGUGUCGCUCAGAUGAGCAGCUGCAGUGAGACGGAGUGAGGCUGAAGUCAACUUGCGAGCGCCCGAAGUCAGAAACGCAACAUUUUGGCGUUAAAUUGACAAAGCCAUUUACUUUUCAUUUUUAUAUGUGUUUUUUUUGCAUUUGCAUCCGUUUCAUGUACUGAGCCUGACGUGACUGAUACUGGCCGCGUUUAGCCAAUGCUUACCGCGGGGGCUCACAGCGCGUCUCGUGGAUUAUCAUCCGUGGCUGCCGAGGCAGUGGUGGCAUGGUCGCGGCCGGUGGAGGCCCCUCUCUGCCGGAUGGAUGUGUGUGAGGCAGCGGCAGACUGAGACCACUUGUGAAGACCGACUGUCCGUAGUAAUGAUGCCCAGGUCUCGUCGGCAUCCGCGGGCGAACUCCUCUUGAAUGUUCGGGCUUCGUCGCCCUACCUACAAAGACCAUUUCCUUAUACGGCGAAUAUUAUAUUCCUUGAAAACUGGACGCCCCCGGAGCAGUUUAUGACGACCCUGGUAGGAGCGUGAUGAGCGCGCGCUUCCGCUUGCCUGCUGGCAGAUCCUACAAUGUCCGGGCGACGGAGCUGGAGCGAGACAGGCACCACACACAGGUUGUGUGCAACGUACUGCUGCUGGACAACACCGUCCAGGCUUUUAAAGUCGGCAAGUCUGAUCAUGGGCAGGUCUUGCAAGAUGCUGUCUUCAAGCACCUGGAGCUGACUGAAAGAGACUACUUUGGCCUGCACUUGGCAGAUGACUCUUCGGAUGUUCCGCGCUGGCUGGAUCCCAACAAGCCCAUCAGGAAGCAGUUAAAAAGAGGCUCACCUCACAACUUAAGCUUCAGAGUCAAAUUUUUUGUGACUGAUCCCAGCAAACUUCAGGAGGAAUACACUCGGUACCAGUAUUUUCUUCAGAUCAAGCAGGACAUAUUAACUGGAAGAUUGCCCUGUCCUCACAACACAGCUGCACUCUUGGCUUCCUAUGCUGUUCAAUCUGAAUUGGGGGACUACAAUGAGACUGAGCAUCCUCUGGGCUAUCUGUCUGAGUAUUGUUUCAUCCCCAACCCACCUCAAGAUUUCCAUAAGGAGGUCGCCAAACAUCACCAUCAACACAGUGGUCUAUCUCCUGCCCAGUCGGAGUUUAAUUAUCUGAACACAGCACGCACGCUAGAGCUCUACGGGGUAGAGCUGCACUAUGCAAGAGAUCAGAGUAACACAGAGAUACUCAUUGGAGUGAUGUCUGCUGGCGUUAUAAUUUAUAAGAACAGGGUACGGAUCAACUAUUUCCCAUGGUUGAAAAUAGUGAAAAUAUCCUUCAAGUGCAAGCAGUUCUUCAUACAGUUGAGGAGAGAGGCGACCGAGACCCGAGAGACGCUACUUGGUUUCAACAUGGUGAACUACCGGGCCUGUAAGAACCUGUGGAAGGCCUGUGUGGAGCACCACACCUUCUUCCGCCUCGAACGACCCAUCCCGCUACAGAAGAAUUUCUUUUCCCAUUACUUCACCCUGGGCUCAAAGUUUCGUUACUGCGGGAGGACGGAGGUUCAAUCUGUACAGUACGGCAAGGAGAAAUGCAUCAAGGACAGAGUGUUUGCGAGAUCUCCUAGCAAACCUCUGGCCAGGAAGUUGUUGGGGGGAACUGACUGGGAGACAGUGAGCAGGAACAGCAUAUCAGAUGAAAGACUGGAGACCCAGAGCCUGCCAACUCGCUCCCCACCUGGGACGCCUAAUCAAAAUUCCCUAUUCACGCAAGAGGGCACGCGGCUACGCCCUUCGUCUGUCGGCCACCUGGUUGAUCAUGUGAUACACACGUCGCCUAGCUUGCCCGUCUUCUCUUCGAAUCAUAAGUCGGCCUCCUCCACACAGGCCAACAGUAUAAGCUUGGACUCCACGCCUUCUCCUGACGGGGUGGACAGCCAGCCUCCAGCUCUGCCCCCAAAGCAGUUGAGCAGGAAAACCUUAAACCAGAUUAUCCAGGCCCACUCGCAGCAGAGCCUAUUGGACAACCACCUCAACGAGAUGUACGAUGUUCCCGCCAACACUGACAAGACCACGCUAAAUGGAGUUGUCCCUCAUGAUAAUCUGGUCUUGAUCAAGAUGAGACCUGAUGAACAUGGACGUUUUGGCUUCAAUGUUAAGGGUGGGGCCGACCAGAAGAUGCCAAUCAUAGUGUCCAGAGUUGCUCCUGGAACAUCAGCCGACCUAUGUGUGCCCCGGCUGAAUGAGGGUGACCAGGUAGUCCUGAUUAAUGGACGGGACAUCUCAGACCACACCCAUGACCAGGUUGUCAUGUUCAUCAAGGCUAGUUGUGAGAGCCACUCUGGAGAGCUCAUCCUACUGGUCCGGCCAAAUGCCAUCUAUGAUGUGGUGGAGGAAAAGGUGGACUCAGAACCCGAUUUUCAGUACAUCCCAGAGAAGUCCCCUCAGGACCCCAGCCAGCUAGAUCAGCAUGCCCUGAGGGACUCUAUGAUUGUCCUGAAGGAUGGUCUGAGCAGUGGAGCCAUACUAGCCCAGUUUGACCAACUGUACAGGAAGAGGCCGGGGAUGAGCAUGCUGUGUGCCAAAUUACCUCAGAACGUUUCCAAAAAUCGCUACAGAGACAUCUCACCCUAUGAUGCCACGCGGGUCAUUCUGAAAAGCACAGAUGACUACAUCAAUGCAAAUUACAUCAAUAUGGAGAUUCCCGCCUCCAGUCUCAUAAAUCGAUACAUAGCUUGCCAGGGUCCUUUGCCCAACACCUGCCCUGACUUCUGGCAAAUGACCUGGGAGCAGGGUUCCUCUAUGGUGGUUAUGCUCACAACGCAGGUCGAGAGGGGACGGGUGAAGUGCCACCAGUACUGGCCCAAUCCAGACAGCAGCGCUCCCUAUGGAGACUUCACCGUUACAUGCCACAACGAGGAGGGCAAUUCAGCCUUCCUAGUCCGGGAAAUGACCCUCAUGCAUUUACAGAGUGAGCAGCAGAGAGAGUUGACCCAAAUCCAGUACCUGGCUUGGCCCGACCAUGGCGUCCCUGAUGACUCCACUGACUUCUUGGACUUUGUUGCUUUGGUUCGGAGCAAAAGGACCGGGCAGGACCAGCCAGUGGUGGUACACUGCAGUGCUGGAAUUGGUCGGACAGGUGUUCUGAUCACCAUGGAAACAGCGUUGUGUCUCAUGGAGUGCGGCCAGCCGGUUUACCCUCUGGAAAUCGUCCGGACCAUGAGAGACCAGAGAGCCAUGAUGAUCCAGACACCUAGUCAAUACCGCUUUGUGUGCGAGGCCAUUCUGAAGGUCUACGACGAGGGACUGGUCCGACCGCUGUCGCCUGCCGCCUAUCAGCUCCCAGAGAAGGUGGAUGGCAUCCGAGAAGAGGAGGAAGGGAAUAUAGAGGAGAGAGAAGUCAAAGCGGAGAUAGGGGAGGAGGCGGCAGCUGUGGUAGACCUGCUGGAAGGAGGUUUGGAUGAGGAGGAGGAGGACGACGACGACGACGACGAAGAGGUGGAGGUGCUUGACGUGGGGGAAGUGACAGAGGAUGAAGUGGAGGAGCCCAGCAUCGCCAGUGCCACCAGUGAGACCAGCGUCAACCCUGAACCCGAUCCUGAUGAUCCGUGACACUUUAUCAGAGGAAGCGGGAACAGGAGACGAGAACAAACGCACUGUUGCACUUUAUAAUAACAAAGAUGGGAAGAACAAAUAGACAACAAACAGGAAACGCAUUGACAGGUUCCAAUUCAAGAAGCAAUUCUGCGAUGUUGAUAAGGUACCAUUAGAGGCGGUUGUGUGUUCAGGGUACACACAAAGACAUGUGGAUGCGGAGUUGCUUGUGCCAUACGUACCAAGGGGAUGGGCUGUCCCAUGGAUGGAAGGCUUCCCGUCACCCUGUCCCCUUUGUGAGUGAGUCUGCCAGACAGACCUGCCUUUUUUUUUAACUUGAUACAGAGAUAAACCUUUUAUCUUUUGUCCCUCCCGAAAGAGUAUUUAUUGUGUUUUAUUUUGUGUCAAACCUUGUCCACUGAACAAAAUGAGUUGUAUGUUUUGUACCGGUCUAGAACAUCAUGCUUUCUCAGUCCACUUUAAGUAGUCCAGCAGUCUUAUCCCUCUUAACUGCUUUGUUAACCGUUUGAUUUGUGAGGAUGGAAAAGCGAAGUGAUUUAAUUUAUUUUUUUGAUCUUUCUCACCUUUCUUGUUUCAGACUGACAGAUGGACAUUGGGAGGAAAAUUUAGCACGAUGACUUCGGUUCAUUGCUUUGCGUUGGCAGACAUCACACGGCAUAGAGAAGAACAAAACAGUUUUACAAUUUUCACCCAUUUUUUGAACUUGCGCGCAUUAAUCGCUUAAAAUGAAAGUGUCAUUCAAUUAAAUUGGAUCUCACACCACUUUAUUUCACCCCCAAAAUGAUCAAACUUUGACAACAUUUUCCACACUAAAUGGAUGGCAUUGAAAAUGUUUUUUUGUUGGUGGAGCUUCUUCCAACUGGGACUCAUUUGGACAAGUUCCCCAAUAGGAGUUUGAGUCCUGAAAUGUGCCCAAAAUGGCUGCUUUAAACCCAAAUGGCCAAUUUAGAACAUGGAUCCUGGAGUUCUGUUAUUGAAAUCUCUCAUUCUCGGCAUUUCUAUAAGUCAAACAUUUUUACGAGAUCAUGUUGAGGACCUCUGGAAUAUAUUGCUCUCAGAUUGCUCUCAGGAGUCCCCUCUUCCUCCACUAAUCGGAAACCAUUUGGUGAGUCCAUACAGAUAUGAAGCCUGAAAAACAAACAUGUCACACUAUUGGAAAAAAAAUACCCCAAAAUCUUAACAUUGAGUUGUAUUAUUCGUAACAUGCAGCACUUUAAAAAAUAAAAAAUAAACAUCUUUUUUUUCGGGUAUCAAGUGGUACACCAUCAUUUCAAGGUACUUGAUUUUUAAGCUUAUUUGAAUGGCAGUUUGAGUGUUCACCUUCCCGAGUGAUCAAUUCCAGCCUGGAAUUUUAACUUAUUUAACACGUCUUUGUUUUUCAUUAGUUUUGUUUUUUUUAAUUGAUAAAUUUAACAUUGUCCAUAGCUGUAUGAUGUGUAAGUUUUCAUCGCCUUCGUCAACGACUGGAUGAGUUUUGUUUCAAAAAUUCUCUUUUCAGUCCUUCUCUACGGUUGCAUCUCAAUAAAUUAGAAUGUGUGGAAAAUGUGAUUUUUCUUAUGGUUCUAUUUAAAAAGUCAAGCUUGUCAAAUAUUUAGAUUAAUUACAUACAAGGAGACAUACGUAAUGCUUUCCUAUUUGGUUGUUGUAAUUGGGUGUGUUCCAAUCAGGGUUUUAGGCUGCCACUUUCAAUAAAGAUGAUCCAUGAGUGAGCUUGCCCGAUACCGAUUGCGGUAUUGAUCACUGGAUUAGCUGCGGAUUUUUCAGUUUUACACCUGCUCAGUAAUUACUUUUUUUUAAAACAAUUGAUUAAUGUCAUUUACACUGGUCAACAGCUAAUUUUAAUUAGAAAUGUCUGUGUAUUUUUGACACUGAUUUAAUAAAUAUCUUUACUUUUUUCCUAGCACAUCGGGUUUUUUAGAUAUGCUCAUUUUUUUGUUUUUACAAGUUUGACCUUCACAGACGUCAUCAUUUUAACAGAAAUUAGGGAAAGAAGUAUUUUCCCCUGUGUUCCUAGAUUCAUGACAAUACAGUAUAAUAUCAGCUUCCCCUUUUUGAAUUGAGCUAUGGAAAUAACUGAAUUUAUUCACCAUAUUCUAGUUUAUUGUGAUGCAGCUGUAUAACUUCUCCUUGUUCUCCUCUGAAUAUUUGGAGCUGUCUGUUCUAAGCCUGCUUGUCUCUUAACUGGAAUGAAACAUUGUGCCAUAAAAGCGUUUCCCUCUUUGACAUGAUAAUUUUUUAGUCUGUCCUGAGAAAACCAGCUUAUGUUCAAAUUGUCCUUAGCCCACCCUUUUAUGCCGAAUUUAGUUUGUCCCCGAUCAAGAAGUUUAGUCCUCCGAAACUCAUUUGGCUUUCAUAGCACAUCUCGUCCAUCCUCCAUGCUCCAUGUAUUGUUCCCUCCACAUGUUGUGUUGGAACAGUGUAACCGUGCGUUUGUUUCUCCACAGAACAUCCUCAAGCUUUUUUUUUCCCUUAAGAAAAACAACACUACAAUCACUCUGUCCCUUACAGCUAACUUUGCAUUCAGUUGAUCAUUAUUUAAAUUUUAUUUAGUUUAAAACUAACGCUUUUUAAAGUUCUUUGAGUGCCGCUUUGGCAAGACAAACUGGAAUAAAACUUUAAUGGCAUUUUACCAAGAUAAAAUCCUUGCAAGUGUGUGCAACUCUACCAGACAUCUAGCUAGGAGCUGUAUAACUGAAAUGUUUUGUUAAUGACCCAUAAUUGAUGAAUUUGGGGUACUGAAUGAUGUUAGUUUUAGAGAGGUCUCAAAAUGGGAAGGGCCAGCUUUAACUGUAUUUUUUUGCAAAGAUAAAACCUGUUUUAGAUGGCUCGGCAAAGGAUAGCACUUUGUAGAAUGCUGAGUAGCAAAUAGUGCUACUGAAAUGGAAAAAGUUCCUUUUUUUAUGUUUAGAAUUUAUUUCUUUUUUUAAGACAUGAGUAGGGGAAAAAAGAAAAGAACUUCUGACUACACAGUGCCACUUGUUAAUUUUGUGUAAAUAAUGCUAGACCCUGUAAAUACAAUGUUGUAUAUUAAAAAAAAAUCUUUAAAAUAAAAGGGAAAAUCAAUUGUGA